AUGGCACGCCUUUGCAGCAAGCUGGACAAGGAGGUCCAUGCACUCUUCGACUGUGCAGAGCAAGUGAUCAAGAUCCCAGAGGGCUACGCCAUCACUCGUGAAAGCACCAUCUGUUCCAAUGACGAAUGUGCUGUGAAAUGUCCUAAUCCCAAAGCAUGCCCUGGUGGGUUGUACGACCGUCAGCAGUGCUCUGCUGGAUAUGAUGUUCAAAGCGUGGGCUGCUCUCAGUGUGAUGUAGGCUUCGGCCGAAGCAACCAAGACCCCUUUGUCUGUGGACAGUGUGGAGACAUCUGGCAGAUGUGGAUUGUGCACCUUGGCAAGCCCGUUGGGAUCUACCUUCUCAGCUUGAGAUCUGCCAAGCCGAACAGAGAUCUUCAAAGCGUGCUCUUCAACAUGCUUCUCUCAUUUGGCACUGUGUCAGCGUCGCUAUGGCCAGCCAUCAAGGAUUCGGAGGCAUAUCACCACGCACUCCCUGCAGUGCAAGCUGUAGUAAGGGCAGGUGAUGCAUCGAUGUCCACGACUACCCCGUGGCAUGGCCCGAGCAUGGAUUGCCUGCUUCAGGCGUCUCAGGCCUCCAUGCCACAGUGGCUUCUGCUGACAGGUGUCGCGCCGAUGAUUCUGCUUAUUGCAUCACUGACAAUCGUUUUGGCAGGAUCCGUGUGGACUGGUCACCAGCUCGACAGGCAGCUUCUGCCAGAUUUUAUAAAGCCUUGCCUCGUGUUGACAAACUGUUUUCUACCAGACCUCUUGGGAGCCUUGGUGCGUUUCGUGCCGUGCAUUCACUUCCAGCUGGCCGCAACCAGCUUUGAAAGCUAUGCUGUCACGAAGGAAUGUGCCGGGGUGGCCGGAAGAUAUGCCACAUGUAUUUGUACGUUGCUGCUGGGAGCGGCUAUUGGACCCGGAGCUUGGAUUAGCUUGAUACACCACCGCACCUCAAUGUGGCCGCGGGAAACCUGCCAGCAUUUGCUGGGAUUCCUGACCUCAGGAUACAGAGGCGAAGUUGCGUGGUGGCAGGCUGGAGUCCUUGCGCGCAAGUGCCUGCUGGUGAUGGCGGCGUCUCUUUUCCCAAUGAGUUACUCCCCGAUGCUGUUCUUGGCCUGUGUGCUCCUCAUUAUGGGGGCAAGCCUUACCUGCCACACCCUGACAUGGCCCUACGAUGAUGCUUUCCUGAAUGCCUUGGAAUUUGGAGCCCUUGUGUCAUCAACUCUGGCAGUCAUGGCAACAAUGCUGCUCUCACUGCAGCCGACAACUUGGAGCCUAGACUUUAGCAUCACGUGCCCCGUGCUGGCUUUACUGCUGGUCCUUCUGCUGGUUCCGUUUGCGGUGCUGAUGGCUUUGUUCCUGCGCGAAGCGCUGAGGAAGGUGCAGCAUGUCAACCAAGGUGGGAUCAAUGAAGAUGCCAAGUAG